AUGUUCGAAAAUGACUAUUUCUUUCGUUCUGUGUCAGCGAUGGGACGUGGAGGACUAACGCUCACUAUUUGGAUACAAAUAAUAGCUCUGCUUUUUUUGUGUGACGGGUCGACAGCGCAGCUUUCCUUCUCCGUUUCCGAGGAGGUUGACAAAGGGACGGUGGUGGGAAAUCUCGCUAAGGAAUUACAGAUUAAUGUCCAGGAACUGGGAAAACGGGAUUUACGAAUUGUUGCUGGGAAUUCGAAGACGUACUUUGACGUGGAUUUAAAAACCGGAGCUUUGUUCGUCUGCGAUAGGAUCGAUCGUGAAGAGCUAUGUCCAAAUACGGCAAAAUGUUCCCUGAAUAUCGAAGCCAUUCUAAGCCACCCGACGCAUCUGCAUCGCAUAGAGAUCCAGAUUAUUGAUAUUAACGACAAUGCACCUUCUUUCCGUGAAAAGGAGAAGACUUUCAAUAUUUCUGAAUCCUCUUUUAGCGGAGAAAGAUAUCUACUCCCAAUUGCGAAGGACGCAGACAGGGGGAGUAAUUCGGUGAAAAGCUACAAGCUGAGUCCAAAUGAGUAUUUCUCACUGGACGUACAGAGCGGUGGUCAGCACAUUGAGUCUGCGGAGUUAGUGCUACAGAAAUCUUUAGAUAGGGAGAAACAGUCAGUUAUUCACCUGACAUUAACUGCUGUAGAUGGAGGAAAACCUGCUCGGUCUGGGACAUUAAAAAUAGUGGUUUAUGUUAUGGACACAAACGAUAAUGCUCCGGUAUUUGGUCAAUCUCUCUAUAAAGCCAGGGUCUUUGAAAACGCCCCAUUUCAGACUUCUAUACUGACAGUAAGUGCUACCGAUUUAGACGAAGGAAUAAAUUGUGAGAUUACCUAUUCAUUUAUUGAGAGAGGAGAAUUCAAUCCUGAAGCUGUAUUCUCCAUAAAUCCAGAGACAGGGGAAAUAACUGUGACCGGGAAAGUAGACUAUGAAGAGCAUACAGCAUAUGAUAUUCGUGUACAGGCUAGAGAUAAAGGUGCGCCCUCUCGAAGCGUUCAUGGUAAAGUGUUAGUGGAAGUGACUGAUGUUAAUGACAACACACCUGAAAUCAUUAUCACAUCUCUUAUGAGCCCGGUUAAAGAAGACGCUGAGAUAGGCACAGUGGUUGCUUUGGUCACUGUUACUGACAAAGAUGGAGGAAAAAAUGGUCUCACAGCUGCAAAUAUUCUUGGGUUGGUGCCUUUUAAACUAAAGCUAAACUACAAAAAUUAUUAUUCAUUAACAGUUGAUGGACCUCUAGACAGAGAGAGUGUGGCUCGGUAUAAUGUCACCAUCAUAGCCACUGAUGAGGGCACUCCACCUCUCUCCAGCACAAGUGUCAUCCCUAUUCACAUUUCUGAUGUGAAUGACAACGCACCUCUCUUCUCAGAGCCUGUGAUUAAUGCAUAUGUGAAAGAGAAUAGUGGAGUGGGAGCUACCAUCUUAACUAUAACUGCAGUUGACCCUGAUAUAGAAGAAAAUGCAAAAGUAACAUAUUCUUUACUAGAUGGCAUUUCAAAAAGUAUUCCUAUGACUUCUGUUGUAAACAUCAACUCAGAGACAGGAGAUAUAAUCAGCCUGCAAGUCUUUAACUUCGAGAAGAUGAAAACGUUUCAGUUUAAAGUUCAGGCCACAGACUCUGGUGUUCCUCCGCUCAGCAGCAACGUGACAGUGAACGUUUUUAUCCUGGAUGAGAAUGACAACAGUCCUUCGGUUCUUUCUCCAUAUUCUGAGCACGGCUCUGUUAACAGUGAGAGCAUCCCUUAUUCUGCUGAAGCGGGAUACUUUGUGGCAAAGAUCAGGUCAGUAGACGCAGACUCUGGAUACAACGCGCUGCUUUCUUAUCACCUCUCUGAGCCCAAAGGAAACAACCUCUUCCGGAUCGGAACCAGCACCGGGGAAAUCAGGACUAAGAGGAGAAUGAGUGACAAUGACUUGAAAACUCACCCCUUGGUGGUGCUGGUUUCUGAUAAUGGAGAACCUUCCCUGUCAGCUACUGUGUCUAUAGAUGUGGUGGUGGUUGAGAACACAGCUGACAUCCAGACUCAGUUCAGACACGUGCCCACAAAGGACGAUGGCUUCUCUGACUUAAACCUGUAUCUGCUGAUUGGCAUCGUGUCGGUGUCAGUCAUCUUUCUGCUGAGCCUCAUCACUUUAUUAGCAGUCAAAUGCCACAGGACAGACAGCAGUUUCAGCAGGUACAGCGCCCCAAUGAUCACCACCCACCCUGACGGCAGCUGGUCUUACUCGAAAGCUACUCAGCAGUAUGACGUCUGCUUCAGUUCAGACACGCUCAAGAGUGACGUAGUGGUUUUCCCCGCACAGUUUCCGCCUGCAGAUGCGGAGCUGAUCAGUAUUAACGGAGGAGAAACGUAUACCAUGACUCAGACUUUACCAAACAAAGAGAAGGUAAGGGUGAAUGCACAAUAA